CACUAGACAAAAAUAGUACUUCCUCCUAAACUCAGCUUUGCCAACUUUCACUCAUUCCGUUCCCGUCACCACAACUGCACAGAUACGCUACGAGCACGCGUGACGUGGACGCCAUGGCAACACAAGACAACCAGACAAGACAAAUACAAGAAACUCUUACAAAUGUGGAGAAACAUUUUGGAGAACUGUGCCAAAUCUACGCUGGAUAUGUUCGUAAGACUGCUAGGCUAAGAGACAAAGCAGAUCUUCUUGUUAGAGAGGUGAAUGCAUAUGCGGACACUGAAACUCCAAACCUGAAACAUGGUUUGAAAAAUUUUGCUGAUGAGUUUGCCAAACUUCAGGACUACCGUCAAGCAGAGGUUGAAAGACUUGAAGCCAAAGUAGUGGAACCUUUGAAAAGUUAUGGUGCUGUAAUCAAGCUUAAAAGGGCGGAAACUGAGCUACAAAGAGCAACAAUGGAUGCAGCACGAAUCAGUCGACAGCUUGAAGAAACUAUUGACAACUUUGAGAAGCAGAAGUUUAAAGAUUUAAAGAAAAUAUUUAGUGACUUUAUAACUAUUGAAAUGUUGUUCCAUGGAAAAGCUCUUGAGGUUUACACUGCUGCAUAUCAACAUAUCCAAGACAUUGAUGAGGAGGAAGAUCUAGAGGUUUUCAGAAGUUCUCUACAUCCACCAGAUUUUCAGUCUCGCCUAGAGGUUGUGCGUGCUAGUUUAAAAACGGCAUCAACAAAACGAAACCCAGUCAACAUGUCUCAGCAUCUAAGUAAUAGACAGAAAAAGAUUGAAGAGGAGGAAGAUGAUGCCACUGAUGAGGAGGAAAAUUCAACAGAUGAUGAUCAAUAAUAUAAUGUGCAGAGGUUUCAACACCUGUGGACUGUUGUUAUCUAACUCUAAAGUUGGUAACUUUCUUGUAUUGUGGACCUCAGUAUUGAUUGACAACAAAACAUCAUUCAUUUGUGCCUGCGAUUAGCUCAAGAAAAUGUAUUGGUUUUUUUAAAAAAUCUUUUGAGAGUGAAUUACAGGUAAAUGUAAUCAACAAUAAAAAGAUUUGCUUCAAA